AUGUCGAGUCACGGCCGCUCCAACCGGUCUGCCAGCAUACCCAUACCACGAAGCAUCGAGGCUGCGCUACCCCUGACGUUUGGCAUCAGCCCGGGCUCUCUCCCUCGAUCUCGUCCGGGUAGUUCUGUGGGAGGCAUCGGCGUACGGGGUCAUGUCACUCUUGCUGGUACCAGCCCUUCAUCUUCAAGACAUACCCCCGCCCGGUCAUUUACAACGCCACAUCCAUUAGGCACCUCUCAGAGCCCUGUCGAGCCCCGAAGGAUUCGUGCUAACGGCGGCGUCGGUCCAUCUCGCAGCGUCGGAGAUAACGACGGGUCUCCGCACGUCCCCCCUUUACUAAGCAGGAGACGCAGUGUUGCCAGCAACAGUACUGGAGUACCGAGUAUUGGAGCGGCGGGGCCAUUGUUCUACCGCGCGCCUUCGUCAAGCCAUCAUGCCCCCCGUCCCCCAUCUCCUCAGCCCCUCCCCGCGGCAUUUGCGCCCCCUGCGUACCUUGCUCAUUCGGCGCUCCGACAUCUCCUGCAAACUGAAGCGGCACCGACGCUUCCACCUAGCCGGUAUGCAAACCCCGAUGCUUCAUCCACCGCACCGAGCGUCGUGUGGCCCCAUAUCAAGCACAGAGAAGUCACGCCUGGGACGGACAGCGAGGAUGAGAGCCCUCCGCCCAGAGACCUCAGCCUCCCUCCCUCAGUGCUCAUCUCCAGCAGCCCCAUCUUGAGGCUUCCCACUAGAUGGAGCGAUCAAGAUCGUUAUCCGUCCUUGAGCGUCUCUAGUGAUGGGAGUCAUUUGAGUUUCACCGGGCCCGCACUCGGUAACGACAAGGACGCCGCGGCUGCCAGGACGAAUCACCCGAUCCCGCCUGCUUGCGGGAUCUACUACUACGAGGUGCAGAUACUCAGCAAAGGUACUAGAGGAGGUAUCACUAUCGGUCUGGCUGCCGGCCAAGUUCGGUUAUCCCGUAUUCCGGGGUAUGAAGCUCAUUCGUGGGGAUACCGCGGGGAAGAUGGCCUAGUCUUUGCUUCCGACAAGAAUGGGACUCCAUAUGGUCCGAGGUUCGAGGAUCAUGAUGUCAUUGGAUGUGGUAUUGAUUUCACCUCGCAUCGUGCAUUCUUCACCAGGAAUGGACGAUUUUUAGGAAAUGUCUUCGAGGACGUCGGGAAGGAGUGCGACGUCUAUCCUUGUGUCUCUUUACGCCAGCAGGGAGAAGCGAUCAGCGUAAAUUUCGGACAUCGUAACUUUGCCUUUGACAUCAACGAUUACGUCCAGCAGCAGAGGAAUCUGGUUUGGGCCAACAUUCAAAGUACUCCUAUCAAACGCGACCUUCUUGGCAGAUUCGACCAUUCCGAUCACUCUCAACCUGCCGCCACUGCACGCACAGAAGACGGCGAGUCCGAGUCUUGGGAGUCGUCGGACCUAGAAGAAGUCGAGAGGGUGCGCGCCCCGUUGGGCAGGCUGGUCCUGGAGUACCUAGAGCAUCACGGCUAUGCUAAGACUGCACAAGCCUUCCGGACCCAGUUCGAUCAUCUCAAUCGUGCCGCCCUGCUAGAAGGCGGUAGGGACAAGGGGGUGACCCCGGUUCCAGUGCCAGUGCCUUCGAGUAGCCGGACUCUGGACGAAGACCUGGUCAUGGACGACCUGACUCAACCCGAUUCAUACAAGACUGCGUCUUCCUUUUCUAAUGGGGACUCCGUGGAUGGUCUAGAUGCACGGCUCCAUAUAGUGAAUGCUGUGACGGCUGGAGACAUCGACACCGCUAUUGACAAGACCGCGAAGCAGUUUCCAAAGGUCCUAGAGGAGAACGAGGGCUUAAUGCUGGUAAAGCUGAAAUGCCGGAAGUUCGUAGAGCUGGUAUUGCAAGCCAGCGAUGCCAUGAAGCGAAUGAAGGAGGAGCAGAGACUCAAAGACGACAGCAGAGAGAGGGACGACGACCCGAUGGGGGUAAGCGCGAUGGAUAUUGACGACUCUGACGCCCUACCCAUGCCUGCUCCUGGCACGAAUGGAUUUCCCCCGCGUGGCGUACGGGACGGCAGUGCCACCAACGGUAGCACCGACUAUCCAACGUCAUCGUCAAGUACUCCUGCUCUGAGCUACGCAACAUCUGAAUACCACGCCGCUCUGUCGGCCGCCCUGAGUUACGGACAGAAGCUGCGUUCGGACUACAAAUCUGAUAGUCGGGCUGAAGUACAAGCCCUCUUCAAGCGUACGUUUGGAAUCGUUGCGUACGAAGACCCUGCAAGUGCUGGAGCCGAGAUUGCUGAGAUUGUAGGGCCGGAGGCCAAAGCUGCCCUUGCAAACGAACUGAACAUUGCGAUCCUGAAAUCACAAGGCAGGCCGUCACACCCUGCGCUGGAGCAACUGUACCGUCAGGCUGCUGCAUGCGUCGAACAGCUUGGUUUAUUCGGUGUAGGCGCAGCAGCAUUCGCUGACAUGUCCAAGGAGUUCCUGGACGAGUAG